UCUAAAUUCUGAAGACUCUGAACCCACCCCAGCUACCUGCUCGUCCUCUUCUCGUCGUCGCGUUCGCUCGAUUUCGAUUUCUCCUCCUCCCUUGCUCGAAUUCUCAUCUCCUCCUCCUCGUGUCACCGGCGGCGGCGGCGGCGGCGGCGGGGAAUCCGAGCUCCUGGUGUCCGGAGGCGGCGGGGAUUCCGUGAUGGUCGCCCGCCGCGCUCUGCGGCGGACGCGGACAUGCAGCGCAGCACCUCCUCCUCCUCCUCCUCCGCCGCCGCCGCGUCGCCUUUGCUCCUAUCACCGGCCGACGGCUUCCUCUGCGUGAAGGACGGGGUGGACGAGAUGAUCAAGUACGUCGCCAACGAGCCCUCCGUCGGGCUCUACUUCGUCCAGCAGCACGCCCAGGCGUCCAUGCCCCUUCUUCUCGACGUCAAGGGAAAGGUUGCAGAAAAGAUUCAUGAGGUUACAUUGCAUACUGAAGAUAUAGAGGACUCUAUCUGUGCAGUGAGGUCCAUGGCAGAGUUUGGACUUCCAAUUGCUGAUGAUAUGAUCAAGGACAUAAAUAAAUCUCUAAAGAUAAUGUCAAAGAACCAACCAAAGAGGGGGUUAAUCCAGAACCCCAGCUGGGGGUUCCAAUCAGUGAAAAGUGCGGGAACAUGGGAAGAUUUGGACACAACCAACGGAGGUAGCAGCCGGAAUUAUUUUUCUUCCAUGUUCAACACUGCAAAGCAAAAGGCAUCCACUCUCAGAUGGUCACAGCCUGAUUUCACAAUGAAAGACGACAUUAGCGAGGAGUCAGUGUCAUCUGCAGCUCCUGGAUCCUCACAAGUUGGUGGGCAUGGUGCAUCAACACCGUCUGAUGCAGGAAAGGAUGAUCUUCCUGUUUCAAGCCAGCUGUUAGAUAAUAAUACAGCUACUACAAAUGAGAGCUUCUCUUCGACUGAUAUUUCCAGAACUGCGGAGACUUAUAACAAGUUCAAGGAAGAACAAGAACUCAAAUUGCAAGAAUGGCUUAGACAGUCUGAAGAAGCUGAUGAUAAUAAAGAAUGAGGUGAUUCCAACUGUUGCAACCUAGUAUGGUAGAGCACACCAGACCAUGCUGUGUCCUACAUUCCUGCUUGAUACAUUUCCAAACCUUUCACAUGGUAGCUACUAAUGAGGCAGAGCUUGUAAUCAUGAGGUAUAUAAUUUAUCUGCCUGUUGGGCAAAUGUCAUAUGCUGUUUGCCAUUGGUUUAUUUAUUGCCAGGGCAAAGAGAUCAUCAGUGUACGGUAAAACAGUCUGAACAAUAGACCAUGCAUUUUUCCCCAUGUUU